AUGUCACGAGCGUUGAAUUCAUCUCGCACUCAACGGAUUAGAGCGGCAAUGUUUCCAGAAACGAUAGAUGAAGCCGGUGAAUUGCCAGUAAACAAUGGUACCAAUGGUAACCACACAAAUGGUAAUCAUACCAAUGGUAAUGCAAAUAAUAUAAAUAUGAAUAAUUUAACACUAAACAAUUCAAGCUCUGUUGUUAAUCGACUUGCUGAACCUGCUCAAAUGUUGAAACACGCAGUAACUAAUUUGAUUAAUUAUCGUGAUGACGCUGAAUUAGCAACUAGAGCUUUACCAGAAUUAAUGAAAUUAUUAAAUGACGAAGAUUCGGUAGUUGUAACUCAAGCAUCAAUGAUGGUUCAUCAAUUAUCCAAAAAAGAAGCCUCUCGACAUGCACUCAUGAACUCUCCUCAAAUGGUUACCUCUCUAGUCAGAGCAAUGGCGUCAACAACUGAUAUUGAAGUGACAAAAAAUGCUGCUGGUAUUUUACAAAAUUUAUCCCAACAUCGACAGGGUUUAUUAGCAAUAUUCAAAUCAGGUGGGAUUCCUGCUCUAGUCAAGCUUUUAUCUUCACCUAUCGAACCUGUUGUAUUUCACGCCAUCACUACUUUACAUAAUCUUCUUCUGCACCAGGAAGGAUCGAAAAUGGCAGUCAGAUUGGCUGGUGGGUUACAAAAAAUGGUUGCACUCCUAAAUCGUAAUCACGUCAAAUUUCUAACUUUGGUAACUGAUUGUCUUCAAAUAUUGGCUUAUGGAAAUCAAGAGGGAAAAUUGAUAAUCCUAGCUUCCGGCGGGCCUCAGCUUUUGGUCAACAUAAUGACUACUUAUAAUUAUGAAAAGUUAUUAUGGACAACUUCACGUGUUCUAAAAGUAUUAUCCGUAUGUUCAUCUAAUAAACCAGCGAUUGUUCAAGCGGGAGGAAUUCAAGCUUUAGCGAUGCAUCUUAACUCAGAAUCGAAUCGACUUGUUUCAAAUUGUUUGUGGACUCUGCGAAAUCUAUCUGAUGCGGCAACCAAAUUAGAUGGAAUGAAUGGUUUAUUACAGAAUCUGGUUCAUCUGUUGUCCACAAAUGAUCCUGGAUAUGCGAUUACUGCAGCAGGAGUAUUGUCCAAUUUAACUUGUAAUAAUCCAGUUAACAAAGCAAUCGUUUGUCAAGUUGGUGGAGUUGAAGCGCUGGUUCGUGUUGUUAUUCAAGCUGGUGAUGCUGAAGAAACGAUUGAACCAGCAAUAUGUGCAUUGAGACAUUUAACCAACCGCCAUCCAAGUUCAGAAGUGGCUCAAAAUGCCGUGAGAAUAAAUUAUGGACUUCCAGUUAUUGUCAAACUUCUCAACCCACCUUCUCGAUGGCCAUUGAUCAAAGCAGUUAUUGGGUUAAUAAGAAACUUAUCCUUAUGCCCUGCUAACCAUGGACCAUUACGAGAACAAAAUGUACUUCAGAGAUUGGUCCAGUUGUUGUCCAAAGCAUUUCUUGAAUCACAAAGGCACAAAGCAUCUGUAGCUGCUGCUGCUAAUGGUCCAGGAGGGGGCAGUGGAACUGGGGCAGGAACAACACUUUAUUCAGAAGGUGUAAAAAUGGAUGAGAUAGUUGAAGGAACUGUGGGUGCUCUUCAUGUUCUUGCAAAAGAUCCACACAACAGAGCGAUAAUACGAAGUCUCAAUGUUAUACCAACCUUUGUUCAACUGUUGUACAGUGAGAUUGAAAAUCUUCAACGAGUGGCGGUUGGUGUCCUCUGUGAAUUGGCUGGGGACAAAGAAGGAGCUGAAAUGAUCGAAGCAGAAGCAGCCACAGCACCAUUGACCGAGCUUCUUCAUUCACGUAAUGAUGGUGUUGCUACUUAUGCAGCUGCUGUACUGUUCAGGAUGUCAGAAGAUAAACCAUCUGAUUACAAGAAAAGACUAUCAAUGGAAUUAACUUCGUCUUUAUUCCGUGAAGAUGCAAGUAACUGGGUGGCUGGACCAGGCGAAUUAGAUAUGAACUUGAUAGCAGUUGAUGAUGGUUUUUCAAGUCACCUAUUUUCUGAGCCCUUAGCAGCGGGAGUUGGAGGAGGUUCAGCUUCAGUUCACUCAACAUUAUCUCGAUCUAACCCUUACUCAACCGGAGCCGGAGGUGCUGGUGGAGCCGGAUUAGGCCCAGGAGAUCUAAUGACUGGUAUUACAAACAGGACAGGUUAUCCAACUAACACUAUGAAUCCUUCACUAGAGUCAACAGUUACUUUUGAUCCCCUCAUGACCAACGGACAGCAAAAUCUAGGUACUCAAGGUAAUCAGGGUACAACGAUGAAUCCUUCAGGUCAAUCAUUAGAUAAUACAAUGGCAGCUUGGUAUGACACUGAUUUAUAAAAUUCAACUCUUAAUCAUUUAUGUUAACUUCACAUGUGUCAAUUUUUCAUUCUUCAACAAUAACCUCAAUGACUCAUUACCAUAUUCAUCCAUCAUAAUUUAAUAGAUCAUCCGAUAGAUGUCAUAAUCUCAUCUUAAAUCAACUCAAUAUCAGUUGAAAAAACACAAUCAAGUGAAUCUUUGUGAAUAAUUGUAAAUAUUAAUUGAAAGUAACGAAAAGGAACAAACUUAAUCAUGGAAAAAAGAAUUGAAAACUUACUCAAUUUAAACUCGAUUUUCAGGAAUCAUUUGUUUGCAAUAAUCAGAUUAGUUAAUGAACAAUUUUUUCCCAAAUCUUGGUAAAAUUAAAUUUGCAAAAAUGUUCAUUUUCAGCUGAAAAUUAUUUUCUUUUACAAGCAACUUUUGUUUAACUCACCAAAAGCAAAUCUUCUUGAAUUAUUAAUCUUAGCCUGGUUAUCAAUAAUCAAAUGAAUGAUUCCAACACUAAAUCCAUUUUAAUUGUUGUAAUUUCACCUACUAAAACUAAAUCAAUCAACUGUCGUCAUCUGAUUACGAACCAAAACAAUUGCAGAAAUACUCUUCUUUUAAUCAAGCUCAUAACUCAUAAUGAUUGAAGAAAACUGUCAUUUAUUGAAUUUUAAAUUAUUUGAUUAACUCAUAAAAAUGUCUAAUUUAACAUCAGAUUAAAAUAUUAAUCAUAAUAAAA